AUGAAAGGCUUCGGAGCUAUCGUUGUCUCUGUUGCAUUGACUUCAAUUUGUGAUGCUCGUCGAUUAGUCGUACCUCGAGAUGCAUCACCCAAAAUAAUCGCUGCUGAAGUAUUGGCUGCACCUAUGAUAGCUGUAAAGCGUGCAUUACCAGAUUCACCAACAGGAAGUUAUACACCCGGAGCAGUAGACUGUCCCGAUACGAGACCAACAAUUAGAGAAGCCAGUGGAUUAUCUGCCAAUGAAACAUCAUGGCUUGAACUACGAAGAAAUAAUACCAUUCAACCCAUGAUAAGUUUCCUCGAGAGGAUGAACAUUUCUGGAUUCGAUGCGACUUCAUAUAUCAACAAAGUUUCAGGUAAUGCAUCCACUUUACCAAAUAUCGGUAUAGCAGUUUCUGGAGGAGGUUAUCGUGCAUUGAUGAAUGGUGCUGGGUUUGUCGCUGCUGCCGACGAUCGAACAUCGAAUUCUACAAACUCGGGCCAAAUCGGAGGUCUUCUACAAGCUACAACAUACCUUGCAGGUCUUUCUGGUGGUGGAUGGCUGGUGGGCUCAAUUUAUACCAAUAACUUUAGCACUGUCGAAAAUUUGCGAGAUGGAAGCAAGGGCUCUGAUGUGUGGAACUUUGAGAAUUCUAUAUUUGAAGGACCCAAUGAUGAUGGCAUUCAAAUUCUAAGUACCGCCGAUUACUAUAAAACCAUCGAAUCGCAGGUCAGUGGUAAAGCCAAUGCCGGGCUCAAUCUCAACACUUCGAUCACCGACUAUUGGGGACGUGCAUUAUCAUUCCAACUCGUUAAUGCUACGGAUGGUGGACCGGCGUAUACCUUCUCGUCAAUCGCACUACAGGAAAACUUCGCAAGUGGUGGUAUUCCUAUGCCCUUCCUCGUUGCUGACGGCCGUUCGCCAUACACCGAGAUUGUGUCGCUCAAUUCUACUGUAUACGAAUUUAAUCCCUUCGAGCUCGGUUCUUGGGAUCCUACAACAUAUGCAUUUGCACCCCUUCGCUACAUUGGUUCGAAUUUCACCGCGGGUGCCAUUCCUAAUGGUCAACAAUGCGUUCGUGGUUUUGAUCAGGUUGGCUACGUGAUGGGUACUUCAUCCACGCUGUUCAACCAAUUCUUGAUUCAAGCCAACGCCAGUGGACUCCCAACCAUUAUCACCAAUGCUUUUACCAACAUUCUCGAUAAAGUAGGAUUCACCAACAACGAUAUUGCGCAAUAUCAACCCAACCCCUUUUAUGAAUUUAACAAUGAUACCAACCGUAUUGCCCAAGCCGCACAGCUGGAUUUGGUCGACGGUGGUGAAGAUGGUCAGAACAUCCCUCUUUACCCUCUCAUCCAGCCUAUUCGUGGAGUGGACGUCAUCUUCGCCGUGGAUUCUUCCGCAGACACCACCUAUGGUUGGCCCAAUGGGACUGCUCUCAUCGCAACGUACCAACGUUCCCUCAAUGCCACUAUUGGGAACGGAACGGAUUUCCCCGCAGUCCCUGGCCAAAACACAUUCGUUAACCUUGGCCUCAAUAAACGUCCCACUUUCUUCGGCUGUGACGCCUCAAACACCACUGGAGUGACACCUUUAGUCGUCUACAUUCCCAACGCCCCUUAUAUCACCCAAUCUAACGUAUCGACCUUUGACCCAUCAUACAACAAUACUCAACGCAAUCUUAUCAUUGAAAACGGCUACGAUGUCGCUACCAUGGGUAAUGCCACCAUUGACCCAGACUGGCCAACAUGUGUCGGCUGCGCAAUUAUCUCUCGUUCACUCACAAAGACAAACACCGCCGUACCAGAUGCGUGCACCACCUGUUUUAAUAGGUACUGCUGGAAUGGCACAUUGGAUACCAGUGAUGUUGUCUACGAGCCCGACUAUAUCAUUGGAGAGAUUUCUGCCGGCGUCGCUUUGGAUGGAAGCAAAUUCAUGAGCAUUAUCGUAGCAGUAACUGCUGCUGCAUUGGUUGUAUUUGCAUAA